AUGUUCAAGGUGGACGAUGUGGAAACCAAAUUGGUCGGUAACCAGAUUGGAUCCGAAUUUUGUGAAGUCUUCUGCGACGAACAUGGGAUCCAACUGGUGGGUAAAUCGGGACAUCUGAUCUGCAGUGUCGGUGUCUACUGCAAUGAGGCAUCUCGUGGUGGAUUCGUUCCUCGAGCUGUGCUGAUGGAUCAUGAACCAGGCACCAUGGUUACCAUUCGAACAGGUUCCUAUGGGAAGAUCUUCUGGCCUGGUAAUAUUGUAUAUGGGCAAUCUGCUGCUGGUGAUGACUGGGCCAGGGGGCACUGUAAUGAAGCCGCACUGGGCUUAUUAAAGCGGUUCCUGGUGUUGUGA